UUGAGAAAAAUAUUAGAGUAUGGUCAACACCUUCAGAAGACUUUGAAGGAAUGCUGUACCGUGCUGAAGCACUUGUGGAAACACCACCUGCUAAACUCUUUCCCUUCCUUUAUCUUCCUGAGCACCGUUCCAAAUGGGAUAAGGCAGUACAGUCAUACAAAUGUGUGGAAACAAUUGAUGAGGACAAUUUCAUUAUUCACGUUAUUACACACAGUUAUGGCUUUGGAUUGGUAUCACCAAGAGACUUCAUCUCCCUGGUGCAUAUUAAAAAGUAUGAUGGAGAUUUACUGACGACCAACUCUGUUAGCAUCAAUCAUCCAGACUAUCCUGCAUGUCCAAAAUAUACCCGUGGUAGCAACUAUCCUUCUGGUUAUGCAUGUUCUCCCUAUCCUGGGAACCCUGACCACACCAAAUUUGUGGCAAUCCUGCAGGUGGAUUUAGGAGGGCUGUUAAUGCCUUCCCUGAUAAACACUGUUAUGCCUACAAAUCUCAUAAACUUCAUCACAGACUGCAGAGCUGGACUUAGAGCACGGAGGGCAAGUGUGCCAGCAAAGCCUACUUGAAAGGGGAUUGUUUGCAAUAUAAAGUUGUUACCACUUUUUCCCAAUGUAAAGAAUCAAGUACAUCCAGUGGAGCCAGUGUGGAAAACACGUGAGCUGACACAUUGCAUCUGACCAGAGUUUCAUCCCAUUUGCCACUCUGUCAUUAAACACAGCCAAAGAAAUGCUAAAGAGAUGGCACAAGAUGGAUCCACCAUUUUCUUUAGAAUUUCAGAGUAAAAGAUAGAUAUUUAAUCUGUUUGGUUGACAACAUUCUCAAGAGUGGAAUUAAUAAUUGAUACAAUUGGGAGAUUCAGAGGUUUUUCGCUCACAGAAAUGUCCUGAGGUCAGCAUUUAUAUAGUUGCUACCCUACAAGGCAGAAAGCAGCUAUUGUGAUUCCAACCACAGUCAGGAAUAAAAUGGAGACAGUUCUGUGUAA